AUGUUAAUGAUAGAACCAGUCCCAAACGAACCCUUUCAGGUACGCUCAACGCGACGAUGCCCUGGCGCAAACCAAAGAAUCUGCAUUUACUCAUUCCAGACAGUUCCCGCUUCAUCUAGGUUCAACGAGAUCGGAGUGCAGCAACUGAGCGACUAUGUCCACCCACAGGUCUUUCCGGACAAAAUUCGGACUCCCGAUCCGGAGCUGGUCGCCCUGGCACGAGAUCACCUUGCUCGACAUGAUCUCCUUGGAAAAUCCCAGGGUGGUGCCGAGCCGAUUGCUUUUGACCUGCCUCCGCUCCAAGGAAAGACGUUAGACGAGCAUUUCUACAAGCUCGGCAUGGAUGCAUCCGAACCGUACCUGACCUACGCCAAGUCAUAUGCCGCAGUGACAUGUCCGACGAAACCGCGCAAGUGGGCCAGACGCAGUGGGUGGACGAAAUACUAUCCCGACGGCUCCUCUGAGCCAGUAGAUGCCCCGAAUGAGGAGAUGAUCACUUUUGACACCGAGGUUAUGUACAAGGAACAUCCCUAUGCGGUCAUGGCUUGCGCAGUGAGCCCGACUGCGUGGUAUGCGUGGAUAUCCCCUUGGCUUUUGGGGGAGACGGAAAUCCAAUGUCACCUUAUUCCACUAGGAGACCCCUCUCAACCACGAAUCGUCGUGGGCCAUAAUAUCGGAUACGACCGGGCCCGAGUACGAGAGGAGUACGAUUUGCAACAAACUCACAACUUUUUCGUGGAUACAAUGUCGCUUCAUGUGGCCGUGAAUGGCAUGUGCUCACAGCAAAGACCGACUUGGAUGCGACACAAAAAGAACAAGGACCUCCGGGAUAAGAUUGCAAGCGAGCAUAACUCCGUGGAAUUGGCUUCGUUGCUCGAGAAUAACAUGUUGAGAGAAGAGGAGGAAGAACUCUGGGUAGGACGAAGCUCUGUGAAUUCCUUGCGAGAUGUGGCCAAGUUCCACUGCGAUGUCACAAUAGACAAGGCACAGAGAAACUUUUUUGGCGAGCUUGACAGAGAAACUCUUUUGACGAAACUCGAUGAGCUCCUCGAUUACUGUGCUGCCGAUGUUGCUAUCACUCACCGUGUCUACCGAAAAGUCUUCCCCAAUUUCCUUGAGACUUGUCCGCACCCCGUCAGCUUUGGCGCUCUCCGACACCUUUCCUCGGUCAUCCUUCCAGUAAAUCAAAGCUGGCAAGAAUACCUGACCAUGGCCGAGGAAACCUACCAUAAGCGACUUGACGAUGUGCAACGAAAAUUGGUUGAACUAUGCAACGAAGCUUUAAAAGUGAAAGAGCAACCCGACGUGUACGAAAACGACCCUUGGCUACGACAGCUGGACUGGUCCGGCCAGGAGGUCAAAAUGGUGAAAGGGAAGAAAAAGGGAGACCCCCCUCGCCCCGCGGCACGACAAAAGAAACCUGGUAUGCCGAAAUGGUACAAGGAUCUCUUCCCCUCGAGUAUUUCCGAGAUAAACCUCACAGUUCGCACUCGGAUUGCACCCAUCCUGCUGAAACUGUCUUGGGCUGGGUAUCCUCUCGUCUGGUCUGAUAAGUAUGGAUGGACUUUCCGAGUUCCCCGCGACCAAGUACAACAAUUUGAAAACCAACCAGUGGUCCUCUGCGACAUGACUGAAGAGACGAAUGAGCAGCUGCAUAAUGACAGGAAGAACACAUACUUCAAAAUUCCUCACAAAGACGGACCACAAGCCAGGUGUACGAAUCCUUUAGCCAAGGGCUAUAUGGGGUAUUUUGAGCGCGGAAUCUUGUCAUCCCAGUUCGAACUUGCGAAGGAAGCUUUGGAUAUGAACGCCUCUUGCUCUUAUUGGAUAAGUGCCAGAGACCGCAUCAUGAGCCAGAUGGUGGUGUAUGAGGACCAGGUUCAAAAGGACGGUCGGGCAAACGAACAGACUGAGAACCGCGUGGGUUUCAUUUUGCCGCAAAUUAUUCCCAUGGGCACUAUCACUCGCCGCGCAGUCGAGAACACAUGGCUCACUGCGAGCAAUGCAAAGGCGAAUCGCGUUGGCUCCGAGCUUAAAGCCAUGAUCAAGGCUCCCCCCGGCUACGCGUUUGUUGGCGCUGAUGUAGACUCUCAGGAACUGUGGAUUGCCAGUCUUGUCGGAGACGCGCCAUUCCAAAUCCAUGGAGGAAAUGCCAUUGGUUUCAUGACUUUGGAAGGUUCCAAAGCUGAAGGAACCGACUUACAUUCUCGAAGUGCGCAGAUUCUGGGAAUUUCUCGCAAUGAUGCCAAGGUCUUUAAUUACGGACGUAUUUACGGAGCUGGUGUCAAAUUCGCUGCGACUCUUCUUCGGCAAUUCAACCCGUCCUUGUCUGAGAAGGAAACCCAACAGACUGCGGCCAACCUCUACAAGGAGACCAAGGGUACUCGUACCACCCGUCGCCUGUUGAGCGAGACUCCUUUCUGGCGCGGUGGCACGGAAUCUUUUGUGUUCAACAAGUUGGAAGAGUUUGCAGACCAGGAAAGACCCAGAACCCCAGCCCUCGGUGCUGGAAUUACCGAGGCGCUUAUGAGGCGCUUCAUCAACAAGGGCAGUUUCAUGACGUCUCGCAUCAACUGGGCUAUCCAAUCAUCAGGUGUUGAUUAUCUUCAUCUGCUCAUUGUUAGUAUGGACUACCUCAUUCGGCGGUUCAACAUUCAAGCUCGUCUUGCCAUCACAGUGCACGAUGAAAUUCGAUACCUGGUGAAGGAUGAAGACAAGUACCGUGCGACGAUGGCUUUGCAGAUUGCCAAUGUCUGGACACGUGCCAUCUUCUCCCAGCAAGUAGGCAUUGAUGAUCUCCCUCAAUCGUGCGCCUAUUUUUCGGCAGUUGACGUCGAUCACGUUCUUCGAAAAGAGGUUGACAUGGACUGCGUUACCCCCUCGCAUCCCACCAAGAUUCCGCAUGGUGAAACCUUGGAUAUUUCCAAGCUGCUCGAAAUGGGCCAAAAAGCCUUCCUGGAUCCCUCUAUCACACCCACAUCUCAACCAACACCGGAAAAGUACUCGUACACUCCGCGGGAAUCGGUCAUGUCUACUCUUCAGGCGUCCAAUGACCCGGCUUUCAUCAAGGCUCAGAUCACCAAGGACGACAAAGAGCUUCGUGAAAUUAUCAAAGAAAAGACAGUAUCUAUCAAUGCCUCCCAGCCAUCUUCAUCACGCCCCACCUCAACCAAAUCCCGGGGUAAAUCCACAGGCUGGGCAUCUGCCGAGUCUCAACGGGCGGUUCUUAUGGACAUGGAAUCCGGACUGUAUCCUGACUUCCGAACUCCACCUCGCCCUGCUUCGAAUGGAAACAAACAGCCGCAAUCAGGUUUCUACAACAGAUCCACAUGGAAACCUCGACCUACCGCUCGGGCUUAA